CCCAGCCGCCUGGCCAAGUCCUACAGCACCAGCUCGCCCAUCAACAUCGUCGUGUCCUCGGCCGGCCUGUCCCCGAUCCGCGUGACCUCGCCCCCCACCGUGCAGUCCACCAUCUCCUCCUCGCCCAUCCACCAGCUGAGCUCCACCAUCGGCACGUACGCCACCCUGUCGCCCACCAAGCGCCUGGUCCACGCGUCCGACCAGUACAGCAAGCACUCGCAGGAGCUGUAUGCCACCGCCACCCUCCAGAGGCCGGGCAGCCUGGCAGCUGGGUCCCGGGCCUCAUACAGCAGCCAGCACGGCCACCUGGGCCCAGAGCUGCGGGCCCUGCAGUCCCCAGAGCACCACAUAGACCCCAUCUAUGAAGACCGCGUCUAUCAGAAGCCCCCUAUGAGGAGUCUCAGCCAGAGCCAGGGGGACCCUCUGCCGCCAGCACACACCGGCACCUACCGCACGAGCACAGCCCCAUCUUCCCCUGGUGUCGACUCCGUCCCCUUGCAGCGCACAGGCAGCCAGCAUGGCCCACCGAACGCUGCCACGGCCACCUUCCAGCGGGCCAGCUACGCUGCCGGCCCAGCCUCCAAUUACGCCGACCCCUACCGACAGCUGCAGUAUUGUCCCUCUGUUGAGUCUCCAUACAGCAAAUCCGGCCCUACCCUCCCGCCCGAAGGCACCUUGGCCAGAUCCCCAUCCAUUGACAGCAUUCAGAAAGAUCCCAGGGUUCCAAAGGGCAAGUCUAGCGAGGAACUCUGGCAGCAAUUGCAAAAAGAGGCACCUUUUUUAGAAUUUGGAUGGAGAGACCCGGAGCUGCCUGAAGUGAUUCAGAUGUUGCAGCACCAGUUUCCUUCGGUCCAGUCCAAUGCUGCAGCCUAUUUACAGCAUCUCUGCUUUGGAGACAAUAAAAUUAAAGCUGAGAUACGGAGACAAGGAGGCAUCCAGCUCCUGGUGGACCUGUUGGACCAUCGGAUGACAGAAGUCCACCGUAGUGCCUGCGGAGCCUUGAGAAACUUGGUGUAUGGGAAGGCCAACGAUGACAACAAGAUUGCUCUGAAAAACUGUGGUGGCAUCCCAGCGCUGGUGAGGCUACUCCGAAAGACCACCGACCUGGAGAUCCGGGAGCUGGUCACAGGAGUCCUUUGGAAUCUCUCGUCUUGUGAUGCUCUCAAAAUGCCAAUCAUCCAGGACACCCUGGCAGUGUUGACCAAUGCCGUGAUCAUCCCCCACUCGGGCUGGGAAAAUUCACCCCUUCAGGACGACCGAAAAAUACAGCUGCAUUCCUCACAGGUGCUGCGAAAUGCCACUGGAUGCCUAAGGAAUGUGAGUUCAGCUGGCGAGGAGGCCCGCAGGAGGAUGCGGGAAUGUGAGGGGCUCACCGAUGCCCUGCUCUACGUCAUCCAGUCUGCGCUGGGGAGCAGUGAGAUCGAUAGCAAGACCGUUGAAAACUGUGUGUGCAUUUUAAGGAACCUCUCGUACCGGCUGGCGGCAGAAACGUCUCAGGGACAGCACAUGGGCACGGAUGAGCUGGACGGGCUGCUCUGUGGGGAGGCCGGUGGCAAAGACGCGGAGAGCUCCGGGUGCUGGGGAAAGAAGAAGAAGAAAAAGAAGUCCCAGGACCAGUGGGAUGGAGUAGGACCUCUUCCCGACUGUGCAGAACCACCAAAAGGGAUCCAGAUGCUGUGGCACCCAUCAAUAGUCAAACCCUACCUCACACUGCUCUCUGAGUGCUCAAAUGCAGACACGCUGGAAGGGGCGGCAGGCGCCCUGCAGAACUUGGCUGCAGGGAGCUGGAAGGGCUGGGCUGAGGAUGUGGCAGGCAUGGCAUAUGCCCUACGUUCACUACCAGAGGGGGCUCCCUGCCUGCCACAGUGGUCAGUGUACAUCCGAGCUGCUGUCCGGAAAGAGAAAGGCCUGCCCAUCCUCGUGGAGCUGCUCCGAAUAGAUAACGACCGUGUGGUGUGCGCAGUGGCCACGGCGCUCCGGAACAUGGCCCUGGACGUCCGAAAUAAGGAGCUCAUUGGCAAAUAUGCCAUGCGAGACCUGGUCCACAGGCUUCCAGGUGGGAACAACAGCAACAAUGCAGCAAGUAAGGCCAUGUCGGACGACACGGUGACAGCCGUCUGCUGCACCCUACAUGAAGUGAUCACCAAGAACAUGGAGAACGCCAAGGCCUUACGGGAUGCAGGUGGCAUCGAGAAGUUGGUUGGCAUCUCCAAAAGCAAAGGAGAUAAACAUUCUCCCAAAGUGGUCAAGGCCGCAUCUCAGGUCCUCAACAGCAUGUGGCAGUACCGAGACCUGAGGAGUCUCUACAAAAAGGACGGAUGGUCACAGUAUCACUUUGUAGCCUCAUCUUCAACCAUCGAGAGGGAUCGGCAAAGGCCCUACUCCUCCUCCCGCACGCCCUCCAUCUCCCCUGUGCGUGUGUCUCCCAACAACCGCUCAGCAAGUGCCCCAGCUUCACCUCGGGAAAUGAUCAGCCUCAAAGAAAGAAAAACAGACUAUGAGUCCACUGGCAGCAAUGCCACUUACCACGGGACUAAAGGAGAACACACUUCCAGGAAAGACACCAUGACAGCUCAAAAUACUGGAAUUUCAACUUUGUAUAGGAAUUCAUAUGGUGCGCCCACUGAAGACAUCAAACAUAACCAGGUUUCUGCACAGCCAGUCCCACAGGAGCCCAGCAGGAAAGAUUACGAGACCUACCAGCCGUUUCAGAAUUCCACGCGAAACUACGACGAGUCCUUCUUCGAGGACCAGGUCCACCAUCGCCCUCCGGCCAGCGAGUACACCAUGCACCUGGGACUCAAGUCCACCGGCAACUAUGUCGACUUCUACUCGGCUGCCCGUCCCUACAGUGAACUGAACUAUGAAACGAGCCACUACCCCGCCUCCCCCGACUCCUGGGUGUGAGGCGGGCGGCACGAGGCGCUCCGGGAACAGUGCAUGUGCAUGCAUACCACGAGACAUUGCUUCUUUUAAUUUCCCCCCUGCAAGUUUAGUUUGCUAAAGCCUGUUCCGUAGGAAGGCUGUGAUAACCAGUAAGGACAUACGAAGAGCUAUUUUAGAAAGCUAAACGAAUCGAAAGUUAACGUGGACGUCAGUAGAAAGCUAAAGCGAUCCUAAAGGUGACGACCUUGAGCGACACCUUUCUAGUUUGAGCUGUAGGGUAUGGAGGGUAUUGAACGUGGCUGGAGACAGCACAGGAGGCGGUCCCGUCGGGGCGGUGGGGCGCGAAGGUUAUAAGCACAGAGGCAGGCAGCACGGGUCACACACUCUCGAAGGACGGCUUCUCAUGCUUUGUUUCCUCUCUCCAUCCGUUGUGAUUCUAGGCUUCCGGUUGCAUUGGGUCCCUCUGUACAGCAAGAAGUUUCUUGCCUUUUGUUAAUGCAUUGUUGUAAAGUAUUUGAUGUACAUUACAGAUUAAAGAAGAGAAGCGCGUUGUGUAUAUUACACCGAUGCCGCAGUGUUUCCUCAUCUAUGGUUCUAAAUAUUGCUUCAAUCUCAAACGUUUGAAAGAUGUAUGGAUUUCCAGUUUUCCUUUCUUUUCUUUCUCUCGGUAUGUUUUAACCAAGAAAAAAAAAUGGAGAAAAAGGAAUAUUUAGCAGUAUUGUUCGUUCUGAUAUGUGAACUUGUUUGUGGCAACUAAGCAAGGCAUUCAGCAGUUUCUGACAAUUAACACACAUCAUUCCACACUCCUUGUCAACAAAGUGCUUUUUCACUGCCUAAAAUUUUAGAUGUAGAUAUUUGAAAUAGAUUUUUUCAUUUAUACCAGUUUUCUUUAUGAUGAUACAGUGUUAAAAGAAAAUAAAUUACAAUUGAUCUGUCA